UUCUGAAAAUACAUGUAAGUUUAUUAAAUUAAAAUUAGUAAAUCAUAAAUUAUGUACUGCAUAAUGUACACAAAUAAUAUUACAUUUAAUAAUUUUAAAAACUAUUUUGCUUAUUAUUUGUAGCUGGUAUUUCUUUGAACAAUAUUGAAGUCAUUGAUCUAAAUGUAGAUGAUAUUAUGGUUGAAAAAAGUGUAACCUCUCCAAUUUCUGAAAAUGCACAUAACUCUAUAGCUGGUACUUCUUUGAUAGCUUCUGAAAAUGAAAUUGAAGUUGUUAAUUUAGAUGUAAAUAAUAUGGUUAGUCAAGACUUACUACUGACACCUGUUAAAAGACCAAGAAAAAGAAAAUGUUUUUUUGGGGACUUUAAAUCUGAAUCGGAAAUAACAACACCAAGUAGCCGAAAAAAAUAUUGGAUAGCCAGCCAAGAAAAAGUUAAAAUAUUAAAAAGGAAAAACAAAAAAUUGAGAAAUGAUAACUUAUAUUUAAGAAAUAAAAUAAAAAAUAUUGAAGAGUUAAUUGAGCAUUUGAAGGAUAAAAAUAAAAUAUCGGAUAAUUGUUUUACAAUGCUUAAGGUGGGUUCUUAUCAUUAAUUAUACAGGGAAAUUCACCAAAUAUGCUCAACCUAUUUUCUAAUCUAAAUUUUGGAUAUUUUGUACCAAUUAUGGAUUAUCUUAUGGCGAAAAAAUCUCCUGUGUGAAGUUUGUAUUAAGUGGUACAAAACAUUUCAAGUAUUUGAAAAUAUAGUCUUUAAGUGUAUUUAAAAAUUGCAAAAACUAGACUUUAAAUUAUUUCAUUAUUAAAGGAAAAAUGUGGUUUUUUUACGAUAUUUUCAAUUAUAUAUGACUAUAUGUAUGUAUAAUGUUACAAUUUAAGAAUACUCGUG